AUGUACGGCUUGGCGCAUUGGGGUAGAAAAAGUGACGCAGUGGGCUCAUUCUCGAACGAGUUCCGCCUGUACUUCGACGUCUCAGCAGGAACAAGAGAAAGCGCUGAACGAGAAACCAUCCAGCAAACAUUCCACACAUGCGGACCUUGGGUCUUGGAUCGUCUCCAGUUGCAGUGUACACCAGAGCUGCAGUUGCGCAGAGCGGACCACGUCAUCUGCUGGCUCGACAGAUUCUGCGAGGAAGCGGAUCUCGACAUUUGA